AUGGCGCCUCCAGAGUUGACUGAAUGUAUUAGGAAACGCGGGGUAGCAAAGGGUAAACUAACUCGAUUCGGAUCAUUCUUCGACACAUUCCAAAGGAAUGCAAGGCGCAACUACACUGAGUUGAAAUUACGGCUAGACAAACUGGAAUCAUUGUUUGAUGAAUUCGACCUUAUCCAAACUGAAAUCGAAGGUUUGGAUGAAUCUGACUCGCAGCAAGAAGAACGCAUCAAAUUUGAAAAUGAAUUUUUUUCCAUACAAGCGGCGGCCGUGAAUGAGUUAUCAUCACAAGAACUCCAAUCGUCUGAUCAAUCAUUUAGUCGAAAUCAUCGACCGGGUGUUGAAGCUCACAUGAAGUUGCCGAGAAUCAACCUUCCUGAAUUUGACGGAGAAUAUGAAAACUGGCAGUGUUAUCGAGAUACUUUCAGUGUCAUGAUUCACAACGCUCGAAUACCUGCAGUAGAAAAAUUUCAAUAUCUCCGAUUAUCUUUGAAAGGGCUGGCGGCGCAGCUAAUCGAAAGUUUGGAGGUAACGGAGGGGAAUUAUUUAGUUGCAUGGAACUUAGUUCAAGAACGAUUUGAAAAUAAGCGUCUUAUAGUACAGACUCAUGUAUCAAAAUUAUUUGCAGUAAAUAAGUUAAAAAAUGAGUCUGCCUCUGCAACGAGAAGUUUCUUCGACAUCUUUAGUCGACACCUGGGAGCUUUAAAAGCUAUCGGAGAACCAGUGGAUGAAUGGAGUACGCUAUUAGUACACAUAGCAUCUUCCAAACUCGAUGAUAAAUCUCUCAUGGAAUGGGAAACUUCACGAAAAGAUACAAGUGUACCAACAUGGAACGAGUUCACUACGUUUCUAAAUCAUCGAUGUCAAACGCUCGCAGCAAUUGAAGUCUCUAAAGCACAGGGAAGAAACAUGUGGCAAGACCCAUCAAUACCAGUUCGACGGUCAUUUACCACGGUUCACCAACCGUCCAUCAUGUCACAGUCAAAAUCUUUGAGAACGCCAGAGAGAGUGAAAUUUGCUAGAACAAUAAACGUUUGCGUUAACUGUUUACGAGGUGGUCACCGAGCAUCGUCUUGUCGUAGUGCAGGUUGUUCAAAAUGCAACCAACGACACAAUAGCAAACUACAUCUGGAAGACGAUGAAAGAGCCGAAGCAUUUGCGAACAGUGCGUUAAUUGAUGAAGAAACUGGAAAUAGUUCUGAUACUCAGGAAAGCAUAGUGGAUAGCGAAGAGAGCCAAGUAGCAUUAAAGGCACAAAUAAUGGAAAAGAGAAAAACCGUCGGUGAAGUAACAAUGUUAUCAACGGCUUUAGUUAUAAUUUCCGAUGUGCGUGGUAAAGGAAUUAUGGCAAGAGUUUUAUUGGAUUCUGGUUCCCAAGUCAACCUUAUGACUACCAGACUGGCAAUAAAACUAGGUUAUCCAAUAACUGAAACAGCUACAACGGUAAUUGGAGUAUCAGGUAUGUCAUGUAAAGCAGUUGGACAAGUUAGCGCUACUGUGAAAUCGAGAAUUAAUGCAUAUUCAACAGAUUUAAGAUUCUUGGUAUUACAGAAUAUCGCAAAUACCUUGCAGUCAGUACAACCAACCAACGAAGUCAUGAACACAAUUAAUCUAGGCGAAUGUGCUGACCCAGACUUCCGUUCUACAAAAAAAAUUGAUAUAAUACUUGGCUCCGAAAUAUUCUAUGAGCUGUUAUGCAUCGGUCAAAUAAAACCAGCAGGCACUCGCGCAAUUUGGCAAAAAACUGUAUUCGGUUGGGUUCUAUCAGGACGGGUACAGAGUGACCACAUUAAUCCUCACACGUCUUGCAUGACAACAAUGGUGAGUAUCGACAAUUCAAUUCAAAACGAAGUACAGAAGUUUUGGGAGCUCGAAGAAGUCGUCGAACCAAAGGAACGAAGAAAAUAUAGUAUUGAAGAAUGCAAAUGUGAAACCCAUUUUUUGAAGACGUCUUCAAGAGACGCCGAUGGUAGAUUUACGUUAAAGCUACCAUUUCGUAACAACAUACAGCAAUUAUUGGGUGAAUCGCGUUUCAUGGCAACGAAAAGAUUUCAUCAGAUGGAACGUAAAUUAAAUGAAAAUCCAGAGCUUAAGCUGGAAUACGUCAGGUUUAUGCGUGAGUAUCAAAAUCUUGGUCACAUGACCCUGUCGACUAAGACGAAUACUCAUUCGACGGAACAUCCACAAUGGUGGAGUGGACCCUCAUGGAUGAUACAACCAGAAACCGAAUGGCCAAAACAAAAGUUAUUGAAUAACGAAGAGGAACCGGUAGAACAGCGUAAGACGGUUAAGGUAUUACACGUCCACACCGAAAGUCAAAUGGAGUUUCAAGAUAUCGUUAAUAGAUUCUCGAAACUAGAACGGUUGCAACGGGUAACAGCUUAUCUAUUUCGAGCAGUUACUCAAAGGAAAUACCGCCUGACUGGAGAUUUGAAAGCUGAAGAAUUAAAACGAGGGUUGAUGUACUGGGUAAAAAUCACUCAAGCUCAAGCGUUUUCAUCGGAAAUUUCCCAGUUAAAGGCUGGAAACAGUUUGAAUGACAGCAAAUUACAAUCGUUAGUUCCAUUCAUCGACGACAAUGAUGUAUUAAGGGUUGGAAGCCGGCUACAAAACUCAAACGAGUCAUAUGAAGCACGUCAUCCCAUUAUUCUGCCUUCGACAACAUAUUUGGUCGAAUUAAUUGCGGACAAGGAACAUCGACGAUUAAUUCAUGCCGGACCACAGCAAAUAGUAGCUAGUUUGCAAAGAGUGUUCUGGAUUCCGGGCUUACGCAGUGUUAUUCAAAAGAUAAUUUUUAAAUGUAACCCAUGCUAUAGAUGGAAAGUACAAGCUUCCAAACAGCUAAUGGGCUCCCUUCCGGUUAGUCGAGCUAAUCCAUCAUCAAUAUUUCAUGUAUGUGGAGUCGAUUAUGCUGGGCCUUUUCAAGUGCGUUUCGGUUCACGAAAACCUUUAACCGCAUUGCCGGAGCCCAAUUACCUCGAUAUAAAAGCUCCACGCCUUCGUUGGCACAUGGUACAACAACUGGUUCAAGGAUUUUGGAAAAGAUGGCGGACGGAGUACCUUCAGUCAUUACAAGUACGCCACAAAUGGACUCAAACUGAAGAGAAUCUCCAAGUUGGUGAUUUAGUGCUGAUUCGAGAAGACUAUGAAACACCACUCGCAUGGAGUCGUGGUAGAAUACUUCUUCUACACACGGGAAGUGAUGGUCUCGUGCGUGUCGCUACAGUAAAAACAGCAACCACAGAAAUGAAACGACCAAUCCACAAACUUUGCCUAUUACCCGGUCAACGAGAAGUUCAAUUAAACCCGUGA